AUGUUUGUGGUGUGCGCCCCCCACCAGAGUGACGCGCUGCACCAGGAACUCAUAGACCUGGAGGCGGCCAUGUUUGAGGAGCUGGGGCUGCACUUCAAGAGUGCGCCUCGGUCGUGGCAGAGCAGUGGCUUUGAGGCCAAAGCGCUGAAGAUCCUGGACAUGCCAUCGGGCGACCUGGGGGCUCCGGCGUACCGCAAGUUCGACGUGGAGGCCUGGAUGCCCGGCCUGGGGCGGUACGGCGAGAUCAGCUCGGCCUCGAACUGCACCGACUACCAGGCGCGGCGGCUCAACAUCAGGUACCGCCCCGCCAGCGGGCAGCAGCAGCAGCAGGCGCCCGGCAAGGGCGGCAAGGGCGGCAAGGGCGGCGGCGGCGCGACGGCCUUCUGCCACACGCUCAACGCGACGGCGUGCGCGGUGCCGCGGAUGAUUGUGGCCAUUCUGGAGAACAACCAGCAGGAGGACGGCAGCGUGGUGGUGCCUGAGGUGCUGCGGCCAUUCCUGGGGGGCUUGGAGGUCAUCACGGCGCCAGGGCAGCAGCAGUGA